AUGAUCAUCGGUCAGACCGAUGAAUGCCCAGAUUCCGUCCGAGCCUUGAAAAAGCGAGCGCGUCAGAUCUGUAACGUUCGGGCGAUUUCCGAAGAGGAAGAGUUGAGCACAGACCCCAUCGCGUUCACAGCAAAAGACGCCAAGGGGAUCCACCACCCUCAUAACGACCCCUUGGUGGUGGAAAUCAGGAUGGACGAGUUCGACGUAGAACGCGUCUUAGUGGACACCGGUAGCACGGUCAACGUCCUGUUCUCGCAAACACUGGAGAAAAUGGGUGUCACGCCGGAGCAAAUCAAACCAGGAGGCAGGAUGCUGACUGGAUAUGAUGGCGUAGCCAAAACGUCGAUGGGCGACGUAAAGCUGCAAGUCCAAGCUGGUGGCGUAACACGCAAAACCAAGUUCGUGGUCAUAGACGCCCCACCAAUUUACAACGCCAUCUUAGGCUCACCCUGGAUUUAUUCCAUGCAGGCAGAUGAGGAUCAUUCCGUCGAUCCUCAUAAACCGGAGCGAGAUCAGCUAAAGGCCACGGGAUGCCAAAUCAUACAAGUCAACAUCGACGGAACAAACCCCUCCCAGACGGUUGGAAUUGGGGCCGAACUCGACGAAAAACUCAAGACCGAGCUGGUAGCGUUCCUAAGAUCGCGAUCCAAGACGUUCGCUUGGUCCACUAAAGAUAUGGUAGGCAUCGAUCCGUCAGUCACAUGCCAUAAAUUGAAUACCGAUCCCACCUUCAAACCAGUCCGGCAGAAACGACGACGUCCCGGCGCCGAUCAAGCAAAGGCAGUGCAGGACGAAGUCGAGCGACUUCUGAAGGCCGAUCAGAUAAUGGAGGUACAAUACCCCGACUGGCUGGCUAAUCCGGUGGUGGUCAAGAAAAAGAACGGCAAAUGGCGAGUCUGCGUUGACUUCACCGAUCUCAAUAAGGCAUGUCCCAAGGAUUGCUUCCGGUUACCUCAUAUCGACCAACUCGUGGAGGCCACAGCGGGCAACCAACUCCUCUCAUUCAUGGAUGCGUUCUCUGGAUAUAACCAGAUCGCAAUAAGCCCAGCCGAUCGCGAGAAAACCGCGUUCAUCACCGAUAGAGGAACCUACUGCUACAAGGUGAUGCCAUUCGGCCUGAAAAACGCAGGGGCGACCUACCAACGCCUGGUCAACACGAUGUUCGCCGACUUGUUAGGGAAGACGAUGGAGGUCUACAUUGACGACAUGCUGGUCAAAUCCCUUAUAGCAGACCAACACGUCCAGCACCUCGCCGAAUGCUUCGACAUCCUAGACCGAUUCCAGAUGAAGUUAAAUCCCACCAAGUGCACCUUUGGGGUUACCUCGGGGGAAUUCUUGGGAUAUAUCGUCACAGAACGCGGAAUCGAGCUUCUUCGGGGUAAUAAGGACUUUCAUUGGGACGACGCCUGUGAAGCCGCCUUCGGACAGCUUAAGCAGUACCUGACCAAUCAGCCUGUGCUCGUGAAGCCCGAGGAAGGAGAAACGCUAUACCUUUACGUCUCUGUCUCCAGCUUGGAGGUAAGCGGAGUACUAGUCCGAGAUGACCGCGGCGAUCAGCGACCGAUAUUCUACAUAAGCAAGGCUCUCAACGACACGGAAACACGCUACCCAACCUUGGAAAAACUCGCCCUCGCCUUGAUCGUCGCCGCUCGGAAGCUACGACCUUACUUCCAGUCGCACUCCAUUGUCGUAUUAACCGACCAGCCGCUCAGAACGGUCCUUCACAGCCCCCUUCAGUCCGGACGAAUUGCAAAGUGGGCAAUCGAGCUAAGCGAGUACGAUACCGAACUAUCCCCUGACCUCGAAGAGACCAUACCUAAGGAUGAACCCUGGACUUUGUUCACCGACGGCUCCUCUUCCAACCAAGGAUCCGGCGUCGGGAUUAUACUCCGAUCUCCAACAGGCGAAGUCCUCGAGCAAGUAAUAAAACUCGGCUUCAAAGCAUCAAACAAUGAGACUGAGUACAAAGCCGUCGUAGCUGGAUUACGACUAGCUCAAGGCCUGGGAGUAACGAGCAUCCAAUUUUUCUGCGAUUCCCAGUUUAGUGGAGAGUACGGCGCUAAGAACGGACGCAUGGAGGCAUAUCGCCAGUUACUCCGGACUCUCUCCGCACAGUUCACCUCUUUCGAACUAAUCAAAGUCCCGAGGAGCGAAAACGCGUCAGCAGAUGCCCUCGCCGCCCAGGCAAAUUGUUCCGACCCGAGUCUGCAACGAACGAUCCUGAUCGAGUGUAUCGAAGCUCCUAGCAUCGACCACGCCGAAGUGGCAUACGCCAUCAGCGACGCCGCAGACCCAAUAAACGUUGACCCACCUGUCCAGGAGCCCGUGGAAGUAAUACAACCGUCGGAUGAUUGGCAGCUCGAAAUAAAAAAGUACAUCGAGGACAGCAAAGUCCCAGAGGAUCGCUGGCAAGCUCGCCGGUUGAAAGCUCGAUGCGCACACUACGCCAUUAUGGGAGGUAGCCUCUUCCGACGCAGUUCGUCCGGAGUCCUUCUCACCUGCGUCGACCGAGAGGAAGCAGAACGAAUAAUGACAGAGGUCCACGAAGGUGAUGGCGGAAACCACUCCGGAGGGCGUGCACUCGCGCUGAAAAUCAAGAAGGAUGGACAUUACGAGCCUUGCCAACGCCACAGACAGAUGAAACAUGUACCUCCCGAGCUGCUAAGCACCGUCACUGCACCGUACCCCUUCAUGCAUUGGGCGAUGGACCUCGUCGGCCCAUUACCCCCAUCGAGGUCGAAGAAGUUCCUCCUGGUCCUGACCGAUUAUUUCACCAAAUGGGUGGAAGCAGAAUUAUUCACCAAGAUACAAUCGCUGGACGUCACCAACUUCAUCUGGAAAAACAUUAUCUGUCGCCAUGGGCUCCCUUACGAGAUCGUCACCGAAAACGGGACACAGUUCACGUCGAUGAUCACCAGACGCUUCUUAGGCAAAUGGGGAAUACGCUUGAGCACCUCGACCCCCCGAUAUCCUCAGGAAACGGCCAAGCCGAGGCGACCAACAAAACCAUCAUAG